AUGGAAUUUCAUAACGAUAUUGGGUCAUCAAGAAGGGUUUUGAUUUUGCAGAUGCGUUUGGAAUCUAUUGAAGCUGUAAAUAAAAUUGUGGAAGAAGCCAACAAGCGUAUUCAGCCUACUGGAACCGUGGAAUUGUUUGGGGCUCUUAGAGCACGGUUAUAUCAUAGCAACAAGAAUUUAAUCAUUACCACUUUGACCUGUAUAAGUGGUCUUGCGUCUGCUAUGGGAGCUGCAGUUGAGAAGUCAAGCAAGGUCCAUUUAAUAUACCUUCCAUCUACAUUGGUUUUUCUUGGAAGGAAGAACAAUAUAGGUGAGAUGAUCCGGUGCAAUAAGAAGAGCCAAGGGUAUUAUGGUCUUUUUUGCGGAUUUGUCAAUUGUAGCAGAUGUUCAUAACAACCGUCUACAUCAAAGAGUUGUGGAUUCAAAUAGAGAGUCCAUUAGUGGAGCCGAAACUUUAGAUAGAAAAGAAGGGGCAACAUAAUGCAUACAUCUCCUAAACUAUGAAGGGGCUGGAGAGGGAGCCUUUUCAAGCGUGAAAGAAAUGGACGAGCAUUACUCCAAUAAAAGAGAUCAUAAAGAAGGGAUUUGUUGUGUAACAUACACAAUGGUUAUGUCAAAGUUUCUUAAAACUUUAGUUUUGGUUAUUUUACUUCCAUUCCCGCAUCCUCAAUUGGCUAUAAGAGCCCAUCAUGAAAAGAUGGAUUAGUAAAUUAAAUUAAAUCAAAUUAAGUAAUUUUAUACAAUACGCUUGCUAGCCCUUUUUUUUGUAGGAAUCAGUGCAACUAAUAAACUGAAUUUAUCUAUUUGUCUGUGAUCUUUUUGUAAUAAAAUUAUAGCUUUAUUGCUGUAAUUCUAUGUAUUGCUCUUUUUUUUUUCUUAAUCUAUAACAAUUAUGGGUGCCUAAUACAUGAUCACCAUCGCUUCUUCUUUUGCAACAUAUUGUAGCAUAUGAAGGAAAAAAUAGUUGUUGUAGAGAGCAUCCAUCAAGGUCAAGUCAUGGAGAUUAUGCUUAGGUUGCAAAGCAACUAAAUGUUGCACAUAAUAACAUAAAAACUCAAAGAGAGGUUUCAGUAUUUGUUUAUUUUAGUG